AUGGACCUCCGGUCGUUCUUCCUCUGCUGGCUGCUGAUUGUGCCCGCCAUCUCGGACACAACCCCCGCGCACCCAAUCGCUUCCCUGUUCAAGGUUAACCUAGAUGACAAUCAGAACGCCGGCUGCCAAUCGCGGUCGAAAACGCUUACCACAUGGCUAUCUGAAAGCAAGGAUUUGGUCGAGGCCGGCCUGAAGGCGUUCGAGCACGCAGCUAGUACAUCAAACGACGAGUACGGCGUUGCCGCCCGGUAUCUCAAAACAUACUUCAACUUAAGCCCGGGGGGGCCUGGAACCGCCACAGGAAACCUCGAGAAAGUGCAGAAGUUCCUGAAGGGAACGCCGCUUGCGUUGGACGAAACGCCGCGGAUGUUUUGCCAGGACACAUGGCUCAAGAAACUCCGGCGGACGGACUCGGCCUAUGAUGGCGACAGCAAGCACCACUUGAAGAAGAUCAACGAGGAUGGUUCGGAGAGCGAGAUACCAAUCGAGGAUGUUCCGGAUUAUCGAAACAUGCUGUGGGGCCAGACCGAGGAGGGGGAGGUCGUAAGCAACGGGUAUGUCCCUUACUGGAGCGAGGAUCUGAAGCAGUACAUCUUCGAUAGCGACUACGACGGCAAGACGCCCUGUACCUCGGGCAGCGUCGGGGCGGCUCAGGAUCAGACCAGGCCCUCGACCAUCACCCUGUGCCCGGCCGCCUUCACCAACCCCGAGGGCAGCGUCACGCUGGGGUCUAAGACCCCUAGAAACAAGGUGAUCACGGAUGUCCUCUCCCGGAGCGUGACGUUCUACCACGAACUCUUCCAUCUCGUGCUCGGCAGUGUCGACACGCCCGAUACUACCUACUUUUGGGAGGUGAUGCGAGAACUUCUGGAGAAUCCGACGAAGCGGGACAAGACCGGGGAUGACACCCACCAGGACCUCAUCCGCAAAAACCCGGAGACCUAUGCCUUCUUCAGCGUGGGCUACUGGUACUUCCUCCAGGAAAACAGCAAAUGGGGCACCGAUAGCACGAAGCGAUGGAGUUUCCAGUCCGGUACGGCUGAAUUGGUCGAGCCGAAGAAGGUGGAUGCCCCGGAGGGUUCUUAG